AUGCCAGUUUCUGCAGAAUCAAGGCCUGUUCCAAAUGGGUUUUACCAGAACAAACCACACCCAAACUCGGACAUAAUCACAAUUGAUGUGGGUGGUCAGCUCUUUCAAACCACCAAGCAAACCUUAACCCUCGCCGGCCCCAAAUCCCUAUUGUCUGGGGUUUCAAGUUACGAUCAAACUGUACCAUUCAUUGAUAAAGACCCUGAAUUGUUCUCUAUCCUUCUCUCUCUCCUCAGAACUGGUCAUCUUCCUUCAAAAGCCAAAGCAUUUGAUCUACAAGACAUAAUCUUUGAAGCCCAACUAUAUGGUAUUGAGAACCUCCUUAUAAAUUCUCAUUCAAACCCAUCUCAGUUUGAAGCUUAUAACCUUGAAACAUCAUUGGUUUUGCCUUUAACUGGCCGAGAGUCUCCCUCGGCUAUCUCAACAACACCGUUUGGGUCAGUUCAUGUUGCCCAUGGUAGCAAAAUCACUUCUUUUGAUUGGUCUUUGCGAAGAAAAUCCACCAUUUUGACCCAAUUCACUGCUGUUGAUUCACUAUUAGCCAUAUCGCCGAAGAUAGUGGCUGCCGGUGCCACGGACUUUUCGGGCUUACAGAUUAUUGAUCUUGACAAGGGUUUUGUGAGAGAGACAUUGAAUUGGGAUAAUGUUACUAGGUCUAGUUCAACAGUACAGGGAAUUGGGUCGAGCUCUGAAUUUUUGUUCACUAGUUUCGAGUCGGGUCGGAGAAAUUCGAAUGCAAUUAUGGUUUAUGAUCUUCAGGGUGGUUUUCGCCCAGUUAUUGAGAUUGGUCAUUGUGAAAUUUUUGGUGCUGAUCUCGAUUCUGCGAUUCCUGCGACUAAACUGAAUUGGGUUUCAAGCCACAAUCUGUUAAUGGCUUCUGGGUCUCAUAGUGGACCAUCCGGGAUGUUGGGGAAUAUUAAAUUUUGGGAUAUAAGGUCUGGGAAUGUGGUUUGGGAACUCAAAGAAAAAGUAGAUUGCUUUUCUGAUGUCACGGUUUCAGAUAAUCUUUCAGCAAUAUUCAAGGUUGGUGUGAAUUCAGGUGAGUUGUUCUUUGCUGAUUUGAGGAAUAUUGGUUCCGAGAACUCGUGGGUUGGCCUCGGUGACAGAAGAAAGGUGAUAAAUGGGAAGAAGGAAGGUGUUGGUUGUAAGAUUGAAAGCCAUGGAAAUCAAGUGUUUUGCAGCAAGGGAGGAGAUUUGGAAUUGUGGUCAGAGGUUCUCAUUGGUGCUUCAAGCAAGAGUGAAAACAAGUUAAAAGACAGGGUGUUUAGGAAGAACUUAAUGGGGAGAGCAAAUGAUAUGGGAGGAAGUAGGAUAACCCACAUCUCUUUUGGAGGGAACAAAAUGUUCAUGACGAGGAAGGAUCAGCAAUUUGUUGAGGUUUGGCAGAGUUCAGUCAAAUUUUGACAUAUUGACAGGGUCAUUGGUAUAUUUUUGGGUUUUGUCUUGCCUAUUGGAUGGGGCACCAGGGAUUCUGAUUCGAGUUUAAACUGUCUGUGAUAGCAAGGAGGUGGUGAUGAGGUCUGGCAGAGUUUGUCUGCCACAAGAAGGUUGAAGGUAGUAUAGGUGCAGAGAUUGUUCACCCUGUAAUUAUCGCUUUUAUGCUGAGUUUUGUCCCAAAAAUUGCAGGGUGAACAAUGUGUUUGCUUUCUUACUAGGCUUGGCGUCAAUUGAAAUUAUUGGGUCUUCUGCAACUCCAGGUGAGUCAUGUUGGUGUCGAUUGAUACUUUGAACCAUGGAUAAUCAUGUUUGCUGGCAUAAUUUUGAUUCAAUUCAAGGUUGUACAGUUAUGCACCCAGUGGGAGGGUAUGCGCCUUUUGAAUUCGUGGCUAGAAUCUAAAUCCCAGACUCCCAUCGAAGUUUUUAGAUUCAAUUAACAAAUAGGCAAUCUUAUGCAUGAGGGUUUGAGGAAGAUCAGAUAUAUGCCGUCUUAUUUCAGUAUACAGAGAAAUUAUUUUCGCGACUCAAACUUUUGUCUCUUAAUUUACAACUAUAUUCAAUCAUUUCGACAAUUGUUCAACCCUUUCAGUAUCGACAAGUGUUCAA